AACUUGAUCUGAAAGACCUCUGAGAAAGGCAGAGCUCUUGUGCACUCCUAGUGCAUUACGUAGCUGCAAGUUACGUCAAGCUUAAGGUUCAGUCCACAUUAUUCAUUAACUUUACUCAUCGUCUGAACUGCCCUCAUGGCAAUGUCAGCUUUAAGAAAACCAUGGCUCCUCCAUCAGGUCAAACAGGCCAUUUUGAGGACCAAUGUGGCAACAAGAUCCUUUUCUCAUUACCCAAUCGACGAUGUCAUGUUCGGCCUCACCGAUGAUCAACGGCAACUUCGGGAAACAGUGUUCAACUUCUGCCAAAAAGAACUGUCGCCACACGCCGAGGAAAUUGACAAAAACAACAACUUUUCUGAAAUGCGAGAUUUCUGGAAGAAAUUGGGCAAUAUGGGUCUCUUGGGCAUCACAGCUAGUUCCCAAUAUGGCGGAAGUGAAAUGGGUUAUUUCGACCACGUCUUGGCCUAUGAAGAACUUUCCCGGGCCAGCGGAGCUGUGGCUCUCUCCUAUGGUGCCCAUUCUAACCUCUGUGUUAAUCAAAUCAAUCGAAAUGGAACUGAGGAACAAAAAGCCAAAUAUCUUCCAAAACUGUGCUCAGGGGAACAUGUGGGUGCCUUGGCUAUGUCAGAAGCUGGUUCUGGAUCAGAUGUGGUGUCCAUGAAGACCAAGGCAGAAAAGCAAGGUGACUAUUACGUACUAAAUGGAUCCAAGUUUUGGAUCACCAACGGUCCUGAUGCCGACACUUUGGUGGUGUAUGCUAAGACAGAUCCCAACUCCUCCAAGCCUCAGCAUGGUAUCACGGCAUUUUUAAUCGAAAAAGGAAUGGACGGGUUUUCAACUGGACCCAAAUUGGACAAGCUGGGUAUUCGUGGCUCUGGAACUUGUGAGCUCAUCUUCGAUAACUGCAAGGUCCCAGAAACCAACAUAUUAGGUCAGAAGAAUCGAGGCGUGUACGUCUUAUUUUCCGGCCUAGAUCUGGAGCGGCUGAUAUUGGCAGCUGGACCCGUUGGUCUAAUGCAAGCUGCUUGCGAUGUGGCAUGGAACUACGCCCAUGAGAGGAAACAAUUCAAUCAGAGAAUUGGAGAGUUCCAACUUAUUCAAGGCAAGAUGGCCGAUAUGUACACUUCCCUCAACGCCAGUCGGAGCUAUCUCUACAGUUGUGCUCGAGCCGCCGAUUUGGGGCAUUUCAAUAACAAGGAUUGCGCCGGAGUGAUCCUCUUCUGUGCUGAGAGAGCAACGCAAGUGGCUUUGGAUGCGAUUCAAAUAUUAGGAGGCAAUGGCUAUAUUAAUGAUUACCCAACCGGACGAUUCCUCAGAGAUGCUAAGCUUUACGAGAUUGGAGCAGGUACAAGUGAAGUCAGGAGACUGGUCAUUGGCCGAGCAUUAAACCAGGAAUACAAGUAAAACAUCUAAAAUACUGAUAUGUAAUGCAAAAAUAAAUAAAUUAGAAUACUUCUAUCGAAGAAUAUAUUAACAAUCAUAA